GCGAGGUUUGCGGAGGCCGUUUGCUGGGUACCGGCGUGUCCCCAGAGCGCCGCGGACGGGCGAGCCGAGCGAGGAGGCGGGAAGGCGAGAAUGAAAGGAAUGUAAUAUGUGAUGAAAAGAUUUGUUACGUUCAGACAACCUGUUCAGAUUCAACAUGUUAAAAAAAAAGGGUCAUUCAUCUAAAAAAGAUAACUUAGCAGUUACUGCAGUGGCUCUGCAGGAUCACAUUUUGCAUGAUCUUCAACUGCAAAACCUUUCAGUAGCUGAUUAUUCGAAAACAAAAGUACAAAAGAAAGAGAACAGAUCUAAGUCUCUAAAAAAGGAUGCAAAAGCAACAAUAGAUACUGGACUUAAAAAAUCUACACAGAGUCCCAGAGUGGAGGAUCCAGAAAAAGAAUAUGUUCUUGAUCCAAAACCACCACCAUUAACUUUAGCACAGAAGUUGGGCCUCUUUGAGCCUCCCCCAUUGCCACUGUCAUCAGAGGAGUGGGAGAAAGUGAAGCAGCGAUCCAUCCUGCAGGGGGAUUCUGUGCAGCCAUGCCCUAUAUGUAAAGAAGAAUUUGAACUUCAUCCCCAGGUGCUGCUUUCAUGUUCCCAUGUGUUUCACAGAGCAUGCCUUCAGGCCUUUGAAAAGUUCACAAAUAAAAAAACCUGUCCUCUCUGUAGAAAGAACCAGUAUCAAACCAGAGUGAUACACGACGGGGCCCGCCUAUUCAAACUAAAGUGUGCCACAAGAAUCCAGGCCUACUGGAGAGGAUACAUUGUUCGAAAAUGGUACAGAAACCUGAGGAAAACAGUACCUCCCACAGACGCCAAAUUGAGGAAAAAAUUCUUUGAAGAAAAGUUCUCAGAGAUCAGCCAGCGCAUCCUGUGCUCCUACAGCACCAACAUAGAAGAGCUGCUCUCCGAAAUCGACCACUGCUUGGCCGUGAACCGAAGCAUUCUGCAGCAGCUGGAUGAGAAGUGCAGCCACGAGAUCACAGAGGAGGCCUGGGAGAAAAUUCAGAUCCAGGCCCUUGGCCGGGAGAGCCUCGAGUGUUCCAUCUGCCUCACCCCACUGGCGCUCAGCGGCGACUGCCAGCCCGCGGCGGGCGCCAGCAGCAGCCAGCCGGCCCGGGAGACGGUGCUGCUCUCCUGCUCACACCUCUUCCACCACACCUGUCUCCUCGCCCUGGAGGAGUUCUCCGUGGGGGACAGCUGCCCCUUCCACGCAUGCCCUCUGUGCCGCUCCUGCUACCAGAAGAAAAUUCUGCAAUGUUGACUUCAUGGUCAGGACGUUCUGAGAGGAAAAAAGCUUAUCUUCAUUUUGGUGAAUUCUGUGAUGUUUUACAGUGUAUUUGUUGUCCAGUGAAAUAAAUUCGAAUAGAUGGAUAGAGGAAAUUAAAUUAUAUUUUAAAA